AAAACUGAGGCAAGAAAUGGAAUCUCACUUGAAAUUAAGCAAUGGAGAAAGUUGAAAUGGAAGAAAAGGAAGAAAGUAGUGUUGUGGGCAAUGGCGUAGUUCAAGGUUACUGGUUCUGGGGUAGCGCCAGCGCCGUUCAAUUUUGGUGGGGCGUCGCCGCCUUGAAAAGGGGAUACGCUGGCAAUGGCAACCUCAUGCCUUUGAAGGCCUUCACCGUGGCCUCCCUCUUCGUCGGCGCCUCCACCUCCGCCGCCGUAGCUACGCUCCAGCUCUCAGGAAUCCGCUCUUGUCUGAUUAUUAAUUGAUAUGGUUAUAGGUGGAAGACCUCAAGAGUGUAGGGGCAAAUAUAAGGAAUGCAUGCAAGAGCACACGAUGAGUCUCUCCCUAUUGUUAUCAUAAGCAAUAAAAGUGUAGGAGCCCUUUUAUAUCAAGCACACCACUAUCAUUUGUACCUUAGAAAUCCAGAUGGUCCCUUGUUCUUGACCACCAGUCGAUGAGACCUGUAUUUGACCUUCCAAAUCCAUUCAAUGACACUUUUUUUUAACUAA